GGUGAACUGUGGCUUUAGCCCUACACCAGCUCAAUAGAGACCUGCCUCCCUGCCUCCCUGCCCCAAACCCCAAAAGCAGUUUAACAGUGAGCUGCCCCCCUGCCCCAAACCUGACUGACCGAGGAUCCCUGGUCCUGGCACUGCAAAGCAACACAAAGACAGAAGGAAGAGAUAAAUCUUAUUGUAUAUUAUACACUGCUGCUGCUGCUGCACUGGGAUGAGAAGCAUGGCUGUCCUCCUGCCACUCCUACAGCUGGCUGCCCUCAUCAGCACUGGCACCUCUGGCAAACUGAUGGAAGCUUCCUGCCCAACGCAGUGUGUAUGCCCUAAAGAAGCCCAGUCGUGCCCUCCUGGCAUUAGUCUGGUAAUGGAUUCCUGCGGGUGCUGCAAAGUCUGUGCCCGUCAGUAUAAUCAGGACUGUGGACUGAACCAUCCUUGCGAUCACAUCAAAGGCUUGCACUGUGACUUUGGCGCCGACCCUUCCUCUCCCAUGGGCAUCUGUAGAGCAAAGUCAGAAGGGCGCUCUUGUGAAUUCUUUGGUCAGAUCUAUCAGAACGGGGAGAACUUUCAGCCCAACUGCAAGCACCAGUGCACCUGUAUGGACGGGGUGGUGGGCUGCAUGCCCUUGUGCCCCCAGGAGAUGGCGCUGCCUGGUGUGGACUGCAUUAACCCCAGGCUGGUAAAGGUGCCAGGGCAAUGCUGUGAGAUGUGGCAAUGUGACAGCAAUCACAUACCUGAGGACUCGGGAGACACCACCACAGCAGAUGGAGAAGACCCUCUAAGGUCAUUUGCAGAGAUUGGAAACCAGGCAGAUAUUGAACCAGUGUCGAGCAACGAGCUGAUUAGCUUGGUCAGAAAUGGAUUCAGGGUGGAAAAUGGGCUGGCUCCUCUGCCACACCCGGGCAGGACUGCCUGUGCCAUCCAAACUACAGAAUGGUCUCAGUGCUCUAAAUCCUGCGACAUGGGAGUCUCCACCAGGAUCACCAAUGAUAAUCCCCAGUGCAAGCUUAUGAAGGAGACCCGCCUGUGUGAAAUCCGUCCUUGCCAAGAUCCUUUUCCUAUGAAACCCAAGAAUGGAAAGAAAUGUGUUCGCACCAAGAAAGCCAAACAAGCGGUACAUAUAAAAUACGCCGGCUGCACCAGCAUGCGCCAAUACAAGCCCCUUUACUGCGGUUCCUGCACCGAUGGCCGCUGCUGCACCCCUUCCAAGACAAGGACCAUGCGCGUCCGCUUCCACUGCGAGGAUGGAGACACUUUCCAAAAGAGUGUGAUGUGGGUGCAAAAGUGCAAAUGUUACCAGAACUGCCCCUAUCACAGCGAACUCUCAUACCCCCACUAUCGGCUACACAACGACAUCCACAAAUUCAUGGACUGAGUCUUAAGACUCAAGGGUUGUGGUCAAGGGAGAUGACACCCUAACCAAAGAACACUUUCACCAGGAGGGUGUCUGUAGCUCCCUGGGACUAGUGUUUCAAGCCUGGCAGGAGAGGUCCACAAGGACAUAAUCUGAAUCUGCUGCAUAAUAUACCCAAUGUGGAACUGAUCCGAUGGUUGUCCGAGGCAUAGUCAUAGUAGAGGGAAUGUGAGGGAGCUCAACCAAUGUCUUCAGCUUUCCCUGAGCCUUAACAAGUCAGUUAUUGUAGGAUGUAGCUGCCCCCAGUCUGGCCUUGUUGUCACCAGGCAAAUAUCAUUACGUACUUUUCACGGCUCCAGAUGCAACUGUUCAAUCCACUGUAAGGAGUGAUGAAGCAUUCUGCAGAAUGGAUGUAGUGUAGGAAAUAAUCUGUUUAUAGGCACCCUAUAGAAAGGCAGGCCUUCUGUCUGUUUGCUAGAGAGAAAACAUGUCUGUGAGGUGCCAGUCAUGUUUCAUUGAAGUAGCUUAGUCAGGAGUGGAGGGGAUACUUAUCGGAUAUUCUUUGAACGCACACUGUUAAAUCAGGAGGAGUUGCUAGCGUAGUCUUCCAUGGUCCAAUUGAUUUAGCGCAGAAAGGAAUGUAUACUGAAUUGAUUGCCCAGUUUUUAUGUAGACAAUGGUGGCUUUGAUGCUACAAGCAGUUUCAGUAGAUUUGUUGGACAAUAAUGUCCCUUGGACUUUGCAGAUGUACCUAAUGCUUGUACCGGCUCAAACUGUCCUCGACGAGCUCCUGUAUUUAGGAGGAGGAUUCCAGGUAGCAUUAAGGGGUUUCCUUAACAAGAUGCAGCCUUCAGGUUAGAGGUGACAGUAUAGCUGGGGGAGUACACGACUGACACUUGGAAGAAUAUGAAUAUAUUUUGUUUCCCUGGGACAGCAGCCCUGUCCUCAACCCUGUUACCUUUCCAGCCUAUGCCGACACUCAGCACUUUGUACAGAUACAAAUACUGCUCUGUGCUUGUACUUAGGAGAAGUACUCCCUGCAUCACUGGCCUUGGGACAUGUAUAUACGACCCACAGUGGCCUUUCUCUUACUCCAUUCAUGUCUCAUCUGUACAUACAAAUGUAGGGUUCACUGUUCAUGCACUGCCCAUGUAAAGGUGUAUAUAAUAUAUUAAAAAGAGAUAUAUAUUUUAUGACCCGCCCUCAGCAAUAUUUGCUGCCCGGUAGAAGUUUAUGCUUUCUGGUUUUUUUUGUACUCUAAUUAUCGUGUACUUAUUUUCCUGUAUUAAAGGGAAAAUGUUUUGUGAGAAUCUUCCUGAGGCCGUGUUUGCAUGUGAUCAGCAAAUUCCUUUUUAAAGCCUGUAUAAAUGUGAUUUAAUAUAUCCGUGACUCUGGAUGUGGCAGUAUUACAAGAUUUUCUACUCUUAGAAGAAAUUACAA